AUGGCUUCUCGUCCUACCGUAUCUAUCCUUUCGGCCGAGGGGAAGCCCUGUGGCUCAACUCAUCCACUGCCAAAAGUUUUCAAUGCACCGAUUCGUCCUGAUAUCGUUCAAACAGUGCAUACUGGAAUGGCUAAGAACAAGAGACAGCCUUACGCAGUAAGUGAGAAGGCGGGUCAUCAAACAUCUGCUGAAUCUUGGGGAACCGGUCGUGCGGUAGCACGUAUUCCCCGUGUCUCCGGUGGAGGAACUCAUCGUGCUGGUCAGGCUGCUUUUGGAAACAUGUGCAGAUCAGGUCGCAUGUUCGCUCCUACUAAAGUAUGGAGAAAAUGGCAUCAGAAGAUUAACUUGGGUCAAAAGCGAUAUGCCACUGUAUCUGCCCUCGCUGCUUCCUCUGUUCCGGCUCUCCUUAUGGCUCGAGGUCAUCAAAUCUCCACCGUUCCGGAAGUGCCCCUCGUCAUCAAUUCCAGUGUCUUCGAAGGUGCUGGUAUAACUCGCACAGCAGCCGCUAUCUCCCUUCUAAAAUCUGUUGGUGCCUCGUCUGAACUAGAAAAAGUAGAGGGUUCCCGAAAACUAAGAUCCGGUAAAGGUAAGCUUCGUGGGCGCCGAUAUCGCCAGCGUCGUGGCCCUCUGGUUGUGUAUGAUCCGUCCGUUGAUGGUACAGAGCUCAUCCGAGCUUUCCGAAACAUACCUGGUGUUGAGACCUCUUCGGUGUACGCUCUAAACCUUCUCCAACUCGCCCCAGGAGGACAUCUUGGACGUUUCAUUAUCUGGACAUCAGCCUCUUUCAAGGCGCUUGACAACAUCUAUGGUAGCACUACUGUCCCAUCGUCAAUGAAGAAAGACUUCCUCAUCCCAACAUCAAUGGUGCAGCAAGCUGAUAUAGGACGACUAAUAAACUCUUCUGAAUUACAGACUGUUAUCAAAGCAGCUGUUGGAACAGCACGUACUAAACGGUCAGGUGUUCAAAAGAAGAACCCUCUACGAAACAAACAAGUAAUGUUGAGGCUCAACCCAUAUGCUGCUGGAUACAGCAAAGAAAAGCUGGGGUCAAAGACUUUAGAAACUGGUAAACCUCAAAGGGCGACAAAAACCCCUUUUGCCGCAGUUUUGAAAGAGGAUUAA